UAUGCUGCAAGUGCAACCGCAGCAGCUUCUACUCUCCGUUCCCUGCUUGGUUUUGCAUUCCCUCUCUUCGGACAACAAAUGUUCGCAGUACUCGAUUAUGGGGGAGGCAACUCCCUUCUUGCAGGUCUUGCCAUUGUCAUCGGUAUACCGUUUCCCAUCUGGAUAUAUUACGCUGGCGAACGUAUGCGUGCAAAGAGCUCUCUAACUCGUUGA